CUGACAACAUCCUUCUUGCUCCCAACCAUAUCAGUUUCUUCUCUUUUACCAGUUUUGGGAGCUGCUGGUAUACAUAUUCUGUGGUCCUGUCUACUUAUUUCAUCGACAAGGUUCCUCGAAUCUUUACUAGGAGCUCUUAAUCAUGGGUAACCAGCAGUCUAAUCUUGGAGGUGGUUUUGGUGAUGGACGGGAGGAUAAAGACAAGAAGGUUUGCUCAUCACUGUGCUUGCCAUGAAGUGGUUAUCUGACUGAACGCUUCCAUCAGAAGGAUAAGCCGAAGUACGAGCCACCACCACCACCUACAACUCGCAUCGGACGCAAAAAGCGUAAGGCAGCUGGCCCAACGGCUGCUGCUAAGCUUCCAGACAUUUUUCCGACAUCGCGUUGUCGACUUCGCUAUCUCCGCAUGCAAAGAGUUCAUGACCAUCUGCUCUUAGAGGAGGAGUAUGUCGAGAAUAUGGAACGUCUACGGAAAGCCAAGGCACAGGGAACGCAGGAACCAGUUAGCCGGGGAGAGUUGGAUGUUCUUGAUAGGAAUGCCGACGAGAGAAGCCGGGUCGAUGAUAUGAGAGGCACCCCCAUGGGUGUGGGUAAUCUGGAGGAGUUGAUCGAUGAUGACCAUGCUAUCGUCUCAAGUGCAACUGGUCCGGAGUACUACGUCUCAAUCAUGUCUUUCGUCGACAAGGAUCUACUUGAGCCUGGCUCCAGCAUUCUCCUCCACCACAAGACUGUCUCUGUCGUUGGUGUGCUAACAGAGGAAUCCGACCCUCUUGUUUCCGUGAUGAAACUGGAUAAGGCACCCACCGAAACAUACGCAGACAUUGGUGGUCUCGAGUCACAAAUUCAGGAGGUCCGAGAGUCUGUUGAACUUCCUUUGUUACACCCAGAACUCUAUGAGGAGAUGGGCAUUAAGCCCCCAAAAGGCGUCAUUCUCUACGGUGCUCCGGGUACUGGAAAGACCCUACUUGCGAAAGCAGUUGCCAACCAGACCAGCGCUACUUUCCUUCGCAUUGUGGGUAGUGAGCUGAUCCAGAAAUACCUCGGUGAUGGCCCCCGUCUGGUUCGCCAGAUUUUCCAGGUUGCCGCGGAACAUGCCCCUUCGAUUGUAUUCAUUGACGAAAUCGAUGCCAUCGGUACCAAGCGAUACGAUUCGACAUCGGGUGGCGAACGAGAAAUCCAGCGGACUAUGCUGGAACUCCUCAAUCAGCUUGAUGGCUUCGAUGACCGCGGAGAUGUCAAGGUUCUCAUGGCUACUAAUAAGAUUGAGACCCUGGACCCUGCUUUGAUUCGACCUGGCCGUAUUGAUCGAAAGAUCCUUUUUGAGAACCCGGAUCAAAAUACCAAGAAGAAGAUAUUCGCCUUGCAUACCUCGAAGAUGUCUCUCGGUGAUGAUGUUGACCUUGAUGAGUUCGUUAAUCAAAAGGACGACCUGUCCGGUGCCGAUAUCAGGGCUAUUUGCACAGAGGCUGGGUUGAUGGCUCUGAGGGAGAGGCGGAUGCGGGUGCAGAUGGAUGAUUUCCGCUCUGCCAGGGAACGUAUCAUGAAGACGAAGACGGACCAAGGUCCAAUCGAAGGUCUUUAUCUCUAAAUGUCGGGGGGGUUGUCUCUUACCUUCUGGAGGUAGAUUAAUCUAUUAGGUUAUGUCUCCAUCACACUGUAUUCUAACUACAGAAGCGCUUUUCUAAUGCCAUGGUUGGAACUAUAUUCAAACGAGCAUAGAUUUCAAAUAUCAGAAGUA